AAAAGCUUCAGGAUUUUCCAAACAGCGUUUGUUUUUCCAACAUUCCCACAUGAAGGACUCUUAAAGCAGAAGGAAUCAUCAGCUCUCGCGUGUUGUCUUUCUCUCAGUAGCAGUGGCGGGGUUUGUCUGUUGGCAGGCGGCAGUGGAGAUGCUCCUGUAAUUGGAUUCAUCUGGAAAGCGCUCAAACCGCAAGGAGAGCCGCUUAAGUGACAGCGGCUUUCUAACGCAGCAUAGUAAAUUCCCUUUCUUCCAGUCCUUCUCAUCAUCCUUCUGCUUUGCCUCUUGCUUCUUCUUUUUCUACUCGGCAACCCUUCCCUCCAGCAGAAGAGUUUUGCGUGAACCGUGUCGCACUCAUAUCCUCGCGAUGGGAGAUAAAGGCACAAGGGUGUUCAAGAAGGCAAGUCCCAAUGGAAAGUUAACUGUGUACCUUGGUAAGAGGGAUUUCGUUGACCACGUGGACCUUGUGGAGCCUGUCGAUGGUGUGGUUUUAAUUGACCCAGAGUACUUAAAAGAGAGGAAAGUUUUUGUGACACUGACAUGUGCCUUCCGCUAUGGACGGGAGGACUUGGAUGUUCUUGGCUUGACGUUUCGCAAAGAUCUCUUCGUGGCAAACAUCCAGGCAUUUCCUCCUGUCCCUGAAGAGAAAAAGAGCCUGACACGUCUACAAGAGCGACUGAUAAAGAAACUCGGAGAGCAUGCCUACCCCUUCACCUUUGAGAUUCCUCCAAACUUACCCUGUUCUGUCACAUUACAACCAGGGCCAGAAGAUACAGGAAAGGCCUGCGGGGUUGACUUUGAAGUCAAAGCUUUCUGUGCAGAGAAUGUUGAAGAAAAAAUCCACAAAAGGAAUUCAGUGCGUCUUGUCAUCAGAAAAGUGCAGUACGCUCCGGAGAAGCCGGGCCCGCAGCCAAUGGCUGAAACCACAAGGCAGUUUCUCAUGUCAGACAAACCUUUACACCUGGAGGCCUCGCUUGACAAAGAGAUUUACUAUCAUGGUGAACCAAUCAGCGUCAACGUCCAUGUUACAAACAACACAAACAAGACAGUAAAGAAAAUAAAGAUUUCAGUGCGUCAGUAUGCUGAUAUCUGCCUCUUCAACACUGCCCAGUACAAGUGUCCAGUGGCGAUAGAGGAAUCAGAUGAUAUCGUAGCCCCCAGUGCUACAUUUUGUAAAGUUUACACCCUCACCCCUUUCCUUGCGAAUAACCGAGAGAAGCGUGGCUUGGCUCUGGACGGCAAACUCAAGCACGAAGACACCAAUUUAGCCUCGAGUACACUGUUGCGAGAGGGAGCCAACAAGGAGAUUCUGGGCAUUAUUGUAUCUUAUAAGGUGAAAGUUAAGCUGGUGGUGUCUCGCGGAGGGCUGCUGGGAGAUCUUGCGUCAAGUGAUGUUGCCGUCGAGCUCCCCUUUACAUUAAUGCAUCCUAAACCAUUGGAGGAAUCGAUCUACAGAGAUGCCCCAGAAAAUGAUGCGCCCAUUGACACAAACCUCAUUGAGUUUGACACAAAUGACGAUGACAUCAUCUUCGAGGACUUUGCUCGGCAACGGCUGAUCGGGGCAAAAGACGAUAAGGAUGAAGACGAGGAGGGCGCAGAUUCGCCCAAAUUGAACGACAGAUAG